AUGAGCAAUCCCGAAGAAGGGCGAACCUACUCGAUUGCAACCCAGUCCGUCAAUAUCGAGGUCAAGAAUGGCAUGCUACCGGCAGGCAAAGCAGAUGCCGCCCUUGAAUUCUUACGCGAUGGGGACACGGCUGUCGCAAUUCUGAUUGAUGAAAGGAGAUUGGUUAGGAAGAUUGACUGGAUGAUCAUGCCGUUGAUGUGGGCUGCAUACAACUUACAAUAUCUGGACAAGGUAAUCAUCAAUUAUGCCUCCGUGAUGGGUCUGCUUAGCGACACCAACAUGCGAACGAACCAAUUCUCAGACCUGACGUUGGCAUUCUAUAUCACAUAUCUCUUUUUUGAGUUGCCAACAGGAUAUCUCAUGCAACGGUGUCCCACUGCGAAGUACCUGGGCUUCAAUGUCAUACUGUGGGGGCUCAUGACCACAUUGAACUGCAUCGCGCAGAACUUUGGCGGUUUAGUGGCUCUGCGAGUGCUAUUGGGAUGCUUUGAGAGCGCUAUUGCUCCCUCUUUAAUUCUGAUUACCUCGAUGUGGUACAAAAGGAAUGAACAGCCUAGGCGCAUGGGAAUCUGGUACCUCGGUACCGGCACAGCCUCUAUCAUGGGGGCUUUAGUUUCAUACGGACUUCUUUUCUACACAAACGACCGCUUUAAAUCCUGGCAAAUUUUGUUCCUAGUCUUCGGCAUUAUUACGAUCGCUGUUGGAGUUUCCAUCUUCAUCUUCCUUCCGGAUAACCCAAUGACCUCUCGCCUAACACAGGCCGAGAAAGUCCUCGCCAUCGACAGACUACGCGAGAAUCAAACCGGCAUCGAGAACAAGCACUUCAAAGGGGAUCAGGCUUUGGAGACUCUUCGCGACCCCCAGACUUACCUGAUCGCCAUCAUUGUGAUAUCGAUGAAUGUAUCCAACGCCGCCAUCAGCAGCUUCACCUCGUUGAUCAUCAAGAACAUUGGUUUCACAACGAAGGAGACCGAGCUCUUAAAUAUUCCAAAUGGAGCUGUCAGUAUUGUUAGCAUCCUCUUGUUCUCCUUUCUCGCGGCCCAUUACGACCAGCGCUGCCUCUGUGUCGCAGCCGCUCUCUGCUGUGGCGUACUAGGCGGCUGUUUACUUGCCUUCUCGCCAAAGGAUCUGAAAGCCGCUCAGUUGGCAGGUAACUACCUGACGCAGAUAACUGGGUCUGCGCUUCCAAUAAUGUACUCUAUUGCUGGCGCCAAUGUGGCUGGCCACACUAAGAAAGUCACCAUGAACGCCAUUCUCUUGAUGUCAUUCUGCUUGGGAAAUAUAUUGGGCCCGCUUACGUUCCGCACGCAAGAUGAGCCAGACUAUGUUCCGGCUAAGAUUGCGCUCGUUGCGACUAUCCUGGUAGCUAUUGUGACGACUUUUUUGCUCCGGACCUAUUAUGUGUGGGAGAAUCGGCGCAGGGGCCGGCACCAUGAGGGCGAGGCGCCUUCGGAGAACUCAGGGCUCCUGGAUUUGACGGAUAGGAAGAAUGGUGAAUUUCGGUAUAAGCUAUAG